GCGGAGUAGCGGGGCUCUGGCUCUCUGUGGCCGCUCAGCGCUGCUCGCAGCUCCGCUAGUUGCCUCCACCUCUCUCCACUCAUGCGGAGCCGGCCGAAGCUCAUGGACUAGCUGGAGGUCUGGUGGUGGUGGUGGUGGACUGUAUAUCGGGCUCGUGUAGCGGACUGACUAGGUGGACCAUGGCUGCUAAAGAGGACCUCUACAGUAAAAUCCUCCCGCGGAGGCUCCGGCAGAACCGGCCGGGUUCAGUGAAAUGUGGCUCCAGCCUGGACGUGCUGUUAUCCAUGGGCUUCCCCAGACCGAGGGCACUGAAAGCUCUGGUAUCAACGGGAGGUCGGAGUGUGCAAGCAGCAUGUGACUGGCUCUUCUCCCAUGUGGAUGACCCGUUCCUGGACGACCCUCUGCCCAGAGAGUUUGUCCUCUACCUGCGACCCAGCGGACCACUACAGAACCAGCUCUCCCACUUCUGGCAACAGAGCCGGGUCACUUGUGGCAAAAACAAAGCCCACAACAUUUUCCCCCACAUCACCCUCUGCCAGUUCUUCAUGUGUGCAGACCACAAAGUAGAAGCUCUAUGCGAGGCCCUCCAGGCCUCCGUCCAGCAGUGGCGGGGUCGAUUUCCCAGCCCGCUGCCUCUAGAGCUCUACACGUCCUCCAACUUCAUCGGCCUUUUCGUGGAGGAGCAGGUGGCCGAUGUCCUCAAGCAGUUUGCGGCCGACUUCGCCACAGAGGCCGCCAGGAAGGCAGAGGUCCACGUGGAGCCUCAUAAGAAGCAGCUCCAUGUAACUCUGGCCUACAACUUCCCCACCAAUCACCUCCCUUCACUGGAGAAACUGGCUAAGGGCAUCGAAGUCAAGCUAGGCUGUGAUUGGCUGGCCGUCCUGUUCUCCCGGGACAUUCGUUUUGCAAACCAUGAGACCCUGCGGGUGAUGUACCCCUACAUGCCUCAGAACGAGGACGAGCUGGAGCUGGUUCCUGGCGAUUUUGUCUUCAUGUCUCCGGUGGAUCAGAGCAGUACCAGUGAGGGCUGGGUGUACGGGACCUCGCUGGCCUCCGGGCUGUCCGGCCUGCUGCCUGAGAACUACGUCAGCCUGGCCGAUGAGUCCGACACCUGGGUCUUCCAUGGCUCCCAUUCCUUCUUCAGCUGUGGGCCCAGUGACAAGACCAGUAAGGAGAGAGGGAUGUUUGAUGGGCUGCUGGACGGCCGACGCACCGAUAACACCAGUCCUGGAGACACCCCCACCCUCAGCCUCAUUUGUCAUCCAAUGCAGCAGGUCCUGCGGAUUAGUGGCAGUCACUCUCGGCAGCCCAAGCGGACACUUUUUGUCUGUCGGCACGGUGAGAGGAUGGAUGUGGUCUUUGGCAAACACUGGCUCUCCCUCUGCUCGGACAGUAAAGGUAGAUAUGUACGUUCCAAUCUGAACAUGCUUCCCAGUUUGCCGCUGUGGGGAGGACAGAGAGAUUAUGACAUGGACGCUCCCAUCACUGUGUUUGGAUCCACACAGGCUCGACUAGUGGGUGAGGCCCUAUUAGAGAGUAACACAGUGAUCGACUUUGUGUACUGCUCUCCCUCUCUGCGCUGUGUUCAGACUGCACAGAACAUCCUGAAGGGUCUGCAGCAGGACGGGAAGCUGAAGGUGCGAGUGGAACCGGGGCUUUUUGAAUGGACCAAGUGGGUUUCUGGGAACUCCCUGCCUGCAUGGAUACCUCCCACUGACCUGGCUGCAGCCCACUUCAGUGUGGACACAACAUACAGACCUCUGAUCCCAGUCAGCAAGCUCACUGUGUCUGAGCCCUACGAGAACUACAUGAGCCGGAGCUACCAAGUGACCAAAGAUAUCCUGUCAGACUGCAAAAACACUGGAAACAACGUGCUGAUUGUAGCCCACGCUUCUUCCUUAGAGGCCUGCACACGGCAGCUGCAGGGCCGCGGCCCACAGAGCGCCAAGGACUUCAUCCAAGUAGUCCGAAAGAUCCCCUACCUGGGCUUCUGCUCCUGUGAGGAGCAGGGAGACACGGGGGUUUGGCAGUUAGUGGACCCUCCCAUCCUCCCACUCACACAUGGACCAAACCACUCCUUUGACUGGAGGGAGACACUUCUGCAAGAAUGACAUGUGUUCUGAACUCCGUCCAAACUGAUCAAACUGUGCUCCGCUCUCCUCCCCACUGACUGCAGUAACAAGAUUCAGACCAGUGCACCCCCAACAUACUGGAACCUUUCUCUUUUCAGCCUCUUAACACAGCUGGUGGCUUUUAGCAGUGACGGUCUGAAGAAGCUUGCUGCCUGAAGAUGAGGAGACGAGUCCCAGCCGAUGAAUGGUUCGGUUGCGCUGACUGACUCUGGUGUCAACAAUGAUUUAGCAAAAUUCCACUCUCAAAUGUCAUUGCAUUAUUUUCUUUGCAAGAAUGAGAGAGACGUUAGUUUGGGUAAGUAUGGGUGUUGGCUGCACUGUGUGGGAGAGCUCUCACUGAAAUCCAGCUGGACUGUGUUUAGACAUUAGCCUUCCAUAAACAUACUUUUGUGUGCAUUUUUGAAGAAACGCAUUAGAAAAGCUGUAUGGAAACGGCAAAAUUCGAUCAAACUUACUGAAUUGCGCAAAAAAUUCCUGAAGAUCUCUCUCCGUUUUUCUCUCGUAGACGUUUUCUCUCGUCAUGGUAGAUGGACUAGUUUUGUUUCCGGUUGGCAACCUCUACUUCUUCUACUCUGUUUACUGGCGGAUUACAGCCAUGCAUAAAGCGUAGCCUAUAGCACAAAUUUCUGACUUUGCGUAGCGGAGUUCAUUCACUUGAAACAAGUUAAAAACACGCACUAAUUUGCAUUUCUUUUUUGCGACAUUUAAAAAAAUUCACCUAAAAUUCGCUUGACAAUUGAAUAGAGACACCAUUAGUGUCAUCCCAGUCUCUGAAAAUUUUGUGAAAUUUGCACAUUUUAUAACAUAUUUAACAGUGUGCUCUGUGUAUGACGAGUACGAAAAGUAAAUUUCUUACCAGUAUGAAUGUAUUACAUGAAGUGCACAGGACUAUAGUAGUAGUGUGACACUGAAGUAAUGCCACAAGCAAAAGCGCAGAAGUUGAGAUUUUAGCAACUGGUAUUUUCAGCUAGGAUGACUCAGGUUCUUAAGUUUUUAACUUGUCAGUUAAGUUAAUUUUCAGUGAAAAAUGUUUGUAUUUUACUAAGCCAGAAAGUUUUAGUUCCAUAGCUUGAUAACUGGUUAAACUUAGCUAGCUAACGUUAAACGUUAGCUGUGUCUGACCACAUUCAGGUCGUUGUAUUAGUAUGUUAACAUACAAAAUGUACACAUUUUUAAUUUAAUUAAAUGUGUACAUUGCUAAAAUUAGCAUUACCAUGUAGGCCUAAGCAAGCCAGUGUUUGCAUUAGGUUUAGCACAUGUUUUUAGCAUGUCAUCAUGCAAACAUGAAAGAUGUUUACAUGCUAACAUUAGCAUGAAUCAGAUGUACUCUGAGAUUAGAUCCAACAUCUUUUUUACAGAGGAUACGGAUAAUCUUUCAAAGUUCCUUUUUUUUCUUCUUCUUCUUUUUUAGAAAUGCAGUGCUGUUGAAAUGGUCUAUAUGUACCUUGGGUUUAGAGUGCAUGAAGAAAUUAAAACUCACUUGAAUGCUUAGUCCUAUUAAGAACAUGGGGUAGUGGUGCAUUCUGGUGGUCAAAAUAAGUAUUACAGCAACAAACACUUUGAAAAAUCUGCCAAAAAAAAAAAGAUCCACCUGUUUCACAGAAGAAAAAAAAGGAACUUAUUGAAAGAUUAUACUGGCAAAUCAAGUCAUAAACACAGGAGAGAAAAUAAUUUAGAUAAGAUUUAGAAAAUGGAUAACCAGAAAAAAAAAAUUCUCGCUUGCCCCUCAGGGCUUCCGUAGAAUUCUUCUUCAAACCAUUUUGACUUUUUUUAAGAACGUGGCGUUUUUUUAUCAUCCCCACUAAUAUUAAGAAUCUAAUAACAAAGUUGUCUCAGCAUUUGUGUUUUCUAGUGUGUAAUUCACAUUAUAUCCUAAAUGGGUUGAUAGAGUGGCAUUAGACUUUUAGUUGAGUGAAAAAGUGGCAGUUGCAGGCCAAUCGUAACUAACAGUUUGCAUAAUUUGUGUCCACAAUAUAUCUGAUUUGCAUUUGAGUUUGUGCUUAGUUCACAAAAUUUUGAAUGAGACUGUUAAAAAUUUGUAAAGGUCGUGUUAACAGUACUGCUUUCCUGCACAGAUCCCAGCAGCAUUUCCUCUUCACCACACAUUUGCCCUGCUUGCUCUACUUCCGUGGCUGAGGGAAACAUAUCAGUUCUGUCUUCAAGAAGUCUUCAUCAGGGACUUUCCUGACGUUACCCACAUAAUGUGGCCCCACAUGUUGUCUCUAUUUUAGUAGCACUUCCAGUACAGCAAUGUCUUUGCCAUUCAUGUAGUGUAUGUAAAAAAAAAAAAACUUUAACAGCACAACCUGCACUAUUGACAAUCAUACAGUAGCUUCUUGAUUCGCACAUUUUUAGUGUGCGUUUGUUAAAUGUUGUUCAAGGGUUCAGAGUAGCUGUAAAUAAUCAUAUUUUGGGAAAAGAAAUGUCUUCCAGUUGCAUUUUUAUUUAUUUAUAAACCUUUCUUUCAGAUGUUACAAGCAAAAAAUAUUAACAGCAUGCAAGAAUUUAUGCUCUGUAUCUCAGGUGUUGACUGCAUUUAAGACGUGCGUAUAAUGCAGCUUUGAAAACUGUUCCGUUGAUUGAAUGACUGUGUAUUUGUGAGUGCCUGUUGGAAUUAAAGUGGCAGUAGGCAGUAUAUUUUUGUCAUCAUUGGGCAAAAAUUCCAUAAUAACCUUUCAGCAAACUCAUUCAGCAUGCUCCAGUAAUUCGCUUUAAUAGCAUUAAAGUCAAGUUUCAAUUGUCAUCAGCAAGAUUCUCCCCUAAGAGUACACUUUAACAGGACAGUGUGUAGGAUAUGUUGGCUUCUAGCGGCGAGGUUGCAGAUUGAAUAUCCCAACGCUCACUCCUCCCUUUCCAAGACUGCGGUAACGUGAGCCACCGAGUGCAAAACCGUGAUAACGCCGUUCGCCUCGCUCAGAGGCCAUCCUCACCAUAAUAACACUACUUUAGGAGUAACGGAAGUCAGACCGUGGCUGGUUUUGCACUCUGUGGCUCACGUUACCGCAGUUUCACAAGCGUAUCAAAGAACUAUGGUGGCUUUUGGGCAACGUAAACACACUAAAGGCUCUCUCUAGAGCCAGUGUUUGGUUUGUCCGCUCUGGGCUACUGUAGAAACAUGGCGGAGCAACAUGGUGGACUCUGUGAAGAGAACCCGCUCCCUAUGUAGAUAUAAAGGGCUCAUUCUAAGCAACCAAGAAAUUGUCUCAGCACGUUACUCCCCCGUCACUGCUGGUUUCACACUAUUCCACUGAUCUGCAGGUGGCGGUUACACACCAAGAUAUGCAACAAUGUGCCAACAAAGACAGAAGAAGAAGAAGACUGCUAGCUAGUAAACAUGGUAGUGGCUAGAAGGGAACCAGCAAACUGGGGAGACUCUCGUGAGAUAGUUAAGGUCAGGUAUUGAUCUUGAAUAGUUAAGGUUAGGAUAGGUUGUCGGGCAGCGAGUCUGGCGAGAGUUUUUGCAAGCUUCUGCAGAUCUCGGAUCAGAUUUUUUGCAAUUUGCGGGAUCCCUUCUAGACACGACUAGUGAACAAGGAUGCUGGAUUUUAAAUAGCACCUCAAAAAUCAUCUUUGCGAAUGUUUUAUGAGGAAGGAAAUACAUUCAGCACAUUCGUCAGACCUUAAAAAUACACACAAUUUGCAUUUUGGUGAAUAACACUGAAUGUAAAUAUAACUUCUGUUUGUUUACAAGGAACCUCCACCAGGAACAUUGAUACAAAAACAUAAGAUAGAUUUUCAAUCUUCUCGUCUAAGUUUCGGCAAUAAAUAUGCAUAUUUCCAAAAAUGUCAAACUAUAAAUGUAAAGAGCAUUCUGGGCACUUCAGACUAUUUGAUGCUUGCAUCCGUGUAGGCCACGAUGCAAAAACAGAGAGAGCUCAGAACAACCAUCUUCACAUCUUCCUGUUUCUUAUUGAUCUGCAGACCAUUAAUAUAAUUGAAUCCAUUUAAAUCGCUGUAUUGCUGUGCAACUGUUGCAAAUGCUUUGCUGACACGGGGAUGUAAUGAUGCAGGUGCAUGUUGGAUAAGGAGUACACUGCUACUACAGAAAUGUGAAAGGUUUCUCUUUUGAAUUAAAUGUCACUUUCUUCACACCAUACCGGAGCGGCACACGUUGUAUUAAAGAGUUACAAGACGAAGAAGAAGAGCUGUGUGAGAGAAACACAGAGGAAGAAGAAGCCAUGUUGUUCCUGUAGUUUUUAUUUAUGAUCUGAACAUAUCACCAAACGUGUACAGCUAUUAACUUAAAGUUACUUCUGUUGAAAUUGAUUUGUAAUUUAAGAUUGGUCUGUAGGCUUUAUGUACAUUUUAUUUUAGUUCUGAAUGUGUCAGUUGUGUUUGUGAAGCAUUGAGUUAUAAAGAAAACAGUUGUCCUUUUUUAAACAGCUCUAAUAUUUUCAUAUUUUGAAUACUCGGGAGGGAAAGUAGGCAUGUCAUUCUAUGAUUAGUGGUGACAGUGUUCAUUUGUUUUUUGUUCUGAUUGAACAGGAAAUAAAAGCAUACUUUUUUUUUUCUCCACAGCAAUAACAUAAAACAGCAGGUGCAAAGUUAUUAUUAUUUAUCUGUUGCUUUGCACCUACAGUACGCUGCAAACACUGUAAAGGAGUACAAAUCCAAUAAAAUUCUACAUCAUCA